CGUUUGUGGAGGUAUUUAUGAAAGCUGUCGUUACCGUGAAGGGUUUGUGAUGAUGGCUGAUAAGAAGGAAAUAUACAGAUCUAUCGCCCGUUUCUUCGAUAAAGAGAUAAAUUCCCAUGUCUACUCUUCGGAGAUAAAUGAGGGUCUUGAAGUUGCGAAGCAGUGUAUAGAAACAGCUUUUCAUAUAUCUGAUAGUGAAGUCGGUGAUGUUCCCGAUUUACAAACAUUAUUUAAAUCUCAGUCUCAAAAAAAACCUGAUAUUCUAACAAGCGAACCCUCAGAAGAAACCAAAUCAAUGGCAGAAGCAUUAAAAAAUCAAGGCAAUCAAUGCAUGAAACAGGAGAAGUUUGGGGAAGCUGUAGCCUGCUACAGUAAAGCUAUUGAGCUGUCCCCGUACAAUGCCGUAUUUUACUGCAACAG